CGGGUCUUGCCACCAUUGCCUUAUAGUGUGCAUGUGAUCCGUUUUGUUACUAUAUUCCAUUCUACGGCCAUUCCUCUCCCUUGUCUCAUUUACAUCGCUCUGCCAUAGAGGUGUUGUUUAUUUCGAAUCAAGAUUAACCCGACUAGCAUCGUCUCAUCAUCGCUAUCACUAUCACCAUGGCCCCCCAUGCAGAUGUUGAACCAGUCACCGACACAUCCAGUGUAGUCGUUCCGGAUCCAGUCCUGGUCAAGGGGGAGGUAUCUCCCAGGUUCGGCAUCGACGAUGUCUUCCCCCUUCGUCAAAAAAACCCACCUCUAUCCACCAUUGUCGCUUCCUUUUCAUCCGCCCACAUGUUCAAGAGCAAGAACUCGGCGAACAGACCCGCGGCAAAACGAUGGGAUCAUCGAAUUUCCACAGAGAGUAAACUUCGUCAGGCCUCUUCUCUCAAAGGAGCAAUGAAGUAUUUCAACAAAGACACCAUUUCGCUGUGUGGUGGACUGCCAUCACCUGAGUAUUUCCCAUUCCAUCAAGUCAGCGCAAAAACCCCUGUCGCUCCUCAUUUUGCCCAGGACCAAGUAUCUGAGGCUGCGACUUUCUCCUCGGGAAAAUACGACACCAAGACCGACGAUGCCAUGUAUGACCUGCAUAUUGCUCUCAAUUAUGGUCAAUCUAUGGGACCUGGUGCCUUGAUGCGUUUUGUGACCGAGCACACCGAAAUUGUCCAUGACCCUCCUUACUCUGACUGGGACAUCUGUAUGACGGCCGGGAGUACAUCCGCAUUGGACAUCUCACUACGCAUGUUUGUCGAAAAGGGUCACUAUGUCAUCACUGAAGAAUAUAGCUUCAGUUCUGCCAUCGAAACUAUUCUGCCCAUGGGCGCCAAGCUGCUGGGCAUCAAGAUGGAUGCCGACGGUAUGCUUCCAGACCACCUCGACGACCUCCUCUCCAACUGGGAUCCACAAGAACGUCAAGCUCCAAAGCCUUUUGUCGUCUACACCGUUCCCACUGGCCAGAAUCCCACUGCAAGCACUCAGUCGCUCCAAAGAAGAAAGGCUCUCUACGCCAUUGCCGAAAAGCACGACCUGUUCAUUCUUGAAGAUGAACCCUACUAUUUCCUCCAAAUGGAUCCUUACGUCCAAGGCCAUGUCCACACCACGGCCAGACCAUUCAAACCCGCCCCGGUCAAAGAAUUUCUCCAAAAUCUGACCCCUUCAUACCUUAGCCUCGACACCUCAGGUCGUGUGCUCCGACUCGAUUCAUUCUCCAAAAUCAUCGCACCAGGCUCCCGCUGUGGCUGGGUUACGGGUUCCAGCCAGGUCAUCGAAAGAUUUCUACGCCACAGUGAAGUGAGCGCCCAGACCCCAUCAGGCUUUGCCCUCGUCACAUUGUACAACCUCUUGGAAGUGAACUGGGGACACAAAGGCUUCCUCGAAUGGCUCAUGUACAUUCGAAGUGAAUACACCCGACGCAGAGACGUCAUUGUCAACGCUUGCGAUCGCUAUCUUCCGUCCCAGGUCGCCAGCUGGACUCCUCCAAAGGCCGGUAUGUUUCACUGGAUCAAACUGGAUGUGACCAAACACCCCCUUUACACUGAAAAGGGUUUCACCGUCGACGAGAUUCUCGAUAUUGAACAUCGUGUCUUUGAAACCCUUGCCCACCAGGGAACUCUGUGUGCUAAGGGCUCAUGGUUCAGAGCUCAGAGGAAGACUGACACCGAGCUGUUCAUCCGCCUGACCUUUGCCGCCGCCUCUGAAGAGCAGAUGAUCCAGGCUGUGGAGAAGAUUGGAGGUGGUUUGAGGGUUGAAUUUGGGUUGCCAGCCCAGUCAGCUAUGAAUGGUCAUGCCAAGUGAAUGGUGUUUGUCUGGUGUGAGGGGCCCAAGGCGCCGUUUGUCUUUCUUUGAAUGCCCUUGAAUGCAGGGUCUGAACUGCUCUGAAGCGUGGGCCCGGCAUGCUACAUGGUUCAGGGGUCUAGCAACUGGAAGGACAUUGUUUAUCUUGCCGCUUAUGUGUCAUUCAUGCAUUUUCAUGCAUCGAUACGAUAAUUCUUGGUUUAUAGUCAUUUUGUGGGUUCGCACGGCGCUGGGGGAGCAUUGCAUCACGGACACUAGAAGUGGUCGGGAGACUUAUCGACAAGUUAGGCCUGUUCAUUGAAAUGUAUAUAGCAACAUAGCAGUAAAUUCUGUACUCAGAAAAUACAUACCUACUAGGUAGUACCUAGGUACCUAGGUACUGUACCUUAUCCACAUUCACA